AUGACUUCUCCAAUAAUUCAAAAAGAUAUUGUGACUGCAUGCAAGAUAGAACCAAUUAAAGUUAUUCUAGAGGAACUAAAUGGUGACUACUUUGCCUUACUAGUUGAUGAAUCUUUUGAUAUUUCACGCAAAGAGCAAAUGGCUAUUAUAUUACAAUAUGUUGAUAGACUGGGAUUUGUGAUGGAGCGACUUAUUGACAUUAUUCAUAUUCAAGAUACUAGUGCAGUAUCCCUGAAAGAGGCAAUUGUUAAUUUACUUGCUCAACAUUCUUUGAGUCCAUCAAGUGUGCAUGGACAAUGUUACGAUGGGAAAAGCAAUAUACAAGUUCUUGAAUUACUUGCUCUUGAUGCACGAAGUAUGGAUGAAAGAGCCAAGGCAACAGGACAUCUUGAAUCUUGUCAAACAUUUGAGGUUGUGUUCAUGUUGCAUUUGAUGAGAGAUGUAUUAGCAAUCACAAAUGAGCUCAAUAAAUGCUUACAAAGAAAGAAGCAAGAUGUUGCAAAUGCCAUGCUACUUGUUGAAGUAGCAAAGAAAAGGUUGCAAGUUUUAAGGGAUGAUGAAUGGAAUUCUCUUAUUGCUAAGUCACAUCAUUACUGUGUUGAAGUGUUUUGCAAUAUUAUUGAUUGGCAACUUCAAGAGCUUAAUGAUCGUUUUAAUGAGGUAGCUACUGAUUUGCUCCAUGGAAUUGCUUGUUUGACUCCAAUUAACUCUUUCUCAAGUUUUGACAGCAAAAAAAUAAUGAGGAUGGCUAAAUUAUAUCCAGAUGAUUUUGAUGAAUUUAAUAUAGAUACUCUUGAGAAUCAACUUGCAAGUUACAUUGUUGAUGUUUGUGAUGUUGAUGAAAGGUUCUCUGAUCUAAAUGGACUUUUUGCCAGUGCAUCCGUUGAAAGAGCUUUCUCGGCAAUGAAGUUUAUCAAGAAUGACUUGCGAAGUCAAAUGAGUGGUGAUUUUUUUAGUGGUUGUUUGGUGCCUUUUGUAGAUAAAGAUGUAUUUGAUAGUAUUCCUAAUGAUGCUAUAAUUAAGACAUUUCAAGAUAUGAAAACUCGUAAAGUACAAUUGUAA